AUGGCGCGUGAUGGGCUGGCGGCAUGGGCAAGGAAGACCGGUCGGCUUCAGCGGGGAAAGGCGCGGCUGGAGGCACACAUUGUGGAUGAUCACAACGAUGUGCUGCAGUACAUCUACCGGGCUAUCGGGCGGAAGAAGCUUCCCACCUCGGGCAUCACCCUGGUCCACUUUGAUUCGCAUCCCGAUGCUGGUCUGCCCAUGGAGCUACGGCCGGAGACAGUGGCUCGCCCAGCCGCGCUCUUUGAUGCAGUCUCCAUCUCAGAGUUCAUCAUGCCCGCUGUCUACUCGGGCUACCUCUCGCACUUUGUCUGGAUCAAGCCGCCGUGGGCCAAGCAGUUUGUGGAGAUGCCGCCGGCUGUGCUGUACAAUCCGGCCACUGGCGCUGUCGAGGCCAACCCGGAGCACGAUCCGGGCACCGAUCCGGCCACUGCCAACACCUCGUUUGUUGCAUGGGUAGGUGAGAACGCAGAAGGCGUCCUCCGCAUCGGCUGCGAGAAUUUGUACUUUGACGACGUCUCCGCCCCGCGCGACGAGCUUGUCAACGCUAAGCCCGUCCGCAUCGACGUUGUCUCGCUCCCAGCUCGCCCAUGCUCCGCCGAUCACGACCACUUGCUCCCGGUCAACACUGUCGAUAUUGAGAUGACAUCUGCCGUCGUCGUCGACGUCUGCCUCGACUUUUUCAACGUUGCAAACCCGUUUCUGCUCGACUACGACCGCGACUACGGGCCGGGCACCUUUGCUGUCUUCCAAGCGGUUUGGGACUAUGACACCCGCCGCUGGGACACUGCAAAGCGCCGGACAUGCUUUGAGCUCUUUAACCAUGGUAUCAAGCGCCUCGUUCGCGAUCGCAUCUACCGCAAGCCCAACGAUGUGUUCUGGGACGAGGUCGUCGCUCUCGGCCUCCCUGACCUCUACGCAGACACCUAUGGCGGCGACAUCGAGCCGGUCUCAGGCCUCUACGCCCUCUUCCGCGAGACCCUGCUCCGCAUGGAGGCAUCGAGCGCAUCGACGCUGCCCACGUCUUCGGUCGCCUCUUAUCCGCCGGUGUCCGCCGCAGACUCGAACGAUCCAGACGGCUUCGCCACCUUUACUCCGGACCUCGACUGGGAGGACGUCCUGCUCUCCGGCGAGAUGCACGACCUGCCGCAUGCGCUCGUUACCCGUGACGAGAUGGAGCACUUGCUCUCCGGCAUGGCGCACUUUUUGGCCCGCCCCGAGCUCGCUUCGCCUUCCCUCAUCACCAUGGCCCGCUCCCGCGACGACGGCUACACCCCUGGCGCUUCGUCGCUUGUCGAGUGGCUGCAGACCAGAUCGCUCGACGUGCUCGCGGCGCAGCUCGCCCUCACCUAA